AGUUGUGCCUGCCUGUUGCCAGUUGAAAAGUACAGGUUUAUUCCCUUGUGGUAAAUCAAAAGUUACGCAGCUGAGCCCGACUCUAACCUGACCGAGAGCUAUUACGACAACAUUUGUAAAAUGUAGCGUUUUAAUCGACGUCCUCAAAUUAAAUAGCUGACACCGUGUUAAAGAAGAUGGAGGAAGAUGGGGAGCCUCCUGAAGAGUAUGUUGCACUGUGCAACUUUACCGGAAACGGCAGCGAACAGCUAAGCGUCAACAGAGGCGACCGACUGAUCGUGCACGCCAAACCCUCCUCAGAGUGGUGGUGGGCGGAGCUACAAGGGGUCAACGGUUACGUCCCUGCUAGCCACCUCCACCAGGGGGAUGCUGCUGAAGAAGAGGAGGACCCAUGGCAGAAUGAAGAGUACUUUGGCAGUUAUGGCACACUGAAGCUACACUUGGAGAUGUUGUCAGACAAGAGCCGCACAGAAGCCUACAGGCAGGUCAUCGUCCACAACAGCGCUUCCUUGCAAAGUAAAGUGAUAAUGGACCUGGGCUGCGGUACGGGCAUCGUGAGCCUGUUCUGCGCCAAGCUCGCUCAACCUACAGCGGUGUAUGCCGUGGAGGCCAGCGCCAUGGCCGAGUACACGAGGGAGCUGGUGAGGCAGAACACAUGUGAAGGGGUGGUCACGGUGCUGCAGGGGCGAGCGGAGGAGGUGCAGCUUCCUGAGCAGGUAGACGUUCUGGUGUCGGAGUGGAUGGGAAACUGUCUGCUGUUUGAGUACAUGGUGGAGUCCGUCCUGCUGGCAAGAGAACGCUGGCUGAGGGAGGGCGGCACCAUGUGGCCCUCCUCUGCAAGCCUCACCCUGGUGCCAUGUCAGGCCCACAGCUACUACGCAGAGAAAAUGGCCUUCUGGGAGAACACCUACGGCCUGGACUUCACCCCUCUUCAGUCCCUCGCACUGCAGGAGUUCUUUGCCAAACCCAAGUUCAGCCAUGUGACGGAGCGGGACGACUGUCUCGCCUCUCCCCAUGAUGUCCUUGGCUUGGACAUGUACACGCUGCAGGUGUCCGACCUGGAGGAAAUGGAGGGUCAGUUUCAGUUUUGCCUGGAGAGGUCGGGCCAGUUUCACGGCUUCACUGCCUGGUUCAGCGUCGUCUUCAAGAGCCUGGAGGAAGGCGGUGCACCAGUAGAGCUCAACACCGGACCUAAUGCUGACUGUCCUGGGGUAGACUGACGGAAGCAAGGCUGCCAGUUUGCGCCUACGGUCCCUCCGACCACCACCUAUCAUUCAUUCACCAGUGUGAGCGGCACCGGGGGCAAGGGUGAAGUGUCCUGCCCAAGGACACAACGGAAGCGAUUUGGAAGUCAAGAGGCGGGGAGCGAACCUGCAACCUUCAGGUCUCUGGCACGGCCGCUCUACCCACUAUGCCAUACCGCCCCCAAAUGUAGUUAAUACAUGCAUGGAUGAUUGGAAUCGCCAGCAUAAAAC